UCAUGCACAGCUCGCGUGCUUCUUUCUGUAAGCCCCGUAGCUUAAAGGACCCCCGGCUCGAUCUCCUGCCUUCCACUCGGCGCGCUCGCCUCUUAAUCCAACCCUGCGAGUGGGUGGGGCUGCGUUCGUGUCAGAGCUCCUGAUUGGCUGCCACUGAGGUUCUCCAGCCUCUCCAAUAUGGCGGCGCCCAGCUCCCAUGUAAGCUGCGAGGACUUCGCUGAAUUUCAGGAGUUACUCAGGGUGAUGAGAACAAUUGACGACAGAAUAGUCCAUGAAUUAAACACUACUAUUCCAACAGCUUCUUUUGUAGGAAAAGUAGAUGCACAACAAACCUGUAAAGAACUUUAUCAGUCGCUGAUGGAGGCUCAUGAAAGUAGAGAGAGAAUAAUAAAAAACUGUAUUGCCCAAACUUCUAAUGUAGUAAAAACUCUGCAAGAAGAGAGGAAGAAGACUCUGGAGGACAUAGUAUUAUUAAAAAAACUCAGGAAAGAGCAGACAAAGUUGAAAUUAAUGCAGUCAGAAUUGAACGUUGAAGAAGUGGUAAAUGAUAGAAGCUGGAAGGUAUUUAAUGAACGCUGCAGAGCUCAUUAUAAGCCUCCCAAGAGUCAAUGAUGUAAAUGAAAGGGGGAUUUCUUCUGAAAGUGGACUUCAAUCAUGCAAAUAAACUGGAGAAGAAAUGUGGAGCAAGCUACAUGAGACCUUCUGAGAAAUGAGAUGUGUGGGGUUCAGCCCAGUGAAUGAUUUUGCUAAUGAAGAUUACCCAAUUGCUAUUUUGUAUAAGAUGUAUGUAAACAAAUUUUAUUAUUAAAAAAAUUCAGAUGGGA